UCAAGAUGGCCGCCUCCAUCAAGAUGACCGGGGUGUGCCGGGGGUAGAAGGGUGGCGCGGUGGCCUGAGCAGCUGCAGGGUCCGAGCAUGUCGAGGCACCCGGGGUUGGGGUGCUGGGUAGCGGGGGGUGGGGUCGGCGGGGGCUGGGGAGGUCAGUAGCGACCCCUCUCCUGGACCCCACCCCCACCCUCCCCCAGGCUGAGAUGGGGAACAUGUUGGGCCUGGCUCCUCUGGGAGCUCUGCCCCGCCGAGGCGCCCGUCGCGAGGAGCUCCUGCCCAACCCGGGGAGUUUCGAUGAGUUGCACCGGCUCUGCAAAGAUGUGUUCCCAGUACAGAUGGAGGGAGUGAAGUUCAUUGUCAACAAGGUUCUGAGCAGCCAUUUCCAGGUGACCCACACUGUGCACAUGAGUGCCCUGGGCUUGUCAGGUUAUCACCUCCAUGCUGCUUUUGUUGGUGACCAGCAGCUCAGUUCUACUGAGGUGUUCCCUACUGUUGUGGGGGAUAUGGACAGCAGUGGGAGCCUCAAUGCCCAGGUCCUGCUUCUCGUGGCAGAGCGGCUCCGAGCCAAGGCAGUCUUCCAGACCCAACAGGCCAAGUUCCUGACAUGGCAGUUUGAUGGGGAGUAUCGGGGGGAUGACUACACCGCCACUCUGACACUGGGGAACCCUGACCUGAUUGGGGAAUCAGUGAUCAUGGUCGCUCACUUCCUGCAGAGCCUUACUCAACGUCUGGUGCUGGGGGGAGAGCUGGUAUAUCACCGGCGCCCAGGAGAGGAGGGGGCUAUCCUGACAUUGGCUGGGAAGUACUCUGCUCUGCACUGGGUGGCUACACUGAAUGUGGGGUCAGGAGGGGCUCAUGCAAGUUAUUACCACAGGGCAAACGAGCAGGUUCAAGUUGGAGUGGAGUUUGAGGCAAAUACUCGGUUGCAGGACACCACCUUCUCCUUCGGAUACCACUUGACGUUGCCGCAGGCCAACAUGGUGUUCAGAGGCCUCGUGGAUAGCAACUGGUGCGUUGCUGCUGUGUUAGAGAAGAAGAUGCCCCCUCUACCUGUCACCCUGGCGCUUGGAGCCUUCCUCAAUCACUGGCGUAACAGAUUUCACUGUGGCUUCAGCAUCACUGUGGGAUGAGAAAGCUGGAUAUGGUUCCCCUGAGCACUUGAAGCCAUCUGAGAAAAAGAGAGAGAGCCAGGCUCUGGGUCUCUCCCCAGAGACCAGUUUGCUCAGUGUAACUCCAUCGGACAAGUGAGGGCCUGGACAGAGCCCCCCUGCUAACUGGAGCUAUCAAAAUGGGCAGGAUGGGAGACUUUCCUGUCUUCCCAGAGCUCUAGCCUGACUGCUUUCCUCUCCAAGCCCUUGAGUCUGGCAGGCUGUGGACUGAGGGGGAGGGCUAUGAUUAUGUCUGAUUGCUUUCUUCCAUCCCUGUGUAUUAAAGCCAAUUCUUCUCCUCA